AUGGAUAAAGCGGAUAUGAAGUAGUGGUAAUUGUUUUUCAUUGAAAAUUCAGGUUCAUAUUCUUUGCAAAGAGCAAACGACGACGUCUGUAAUAUUUAAAAAAGAACGUGAAAAGUAGAAAAAUCGGGCAACCAAUUCCGCCCAACAUUGGGAGGAAGGAGGAAAAUUCAUAGUGACCUUAUUUGUGUAAUUGUUAAAUAAACGUGAAGUGAAUUUUUUGAGAUCAAUUAUAUAGAAGGAAGCAGAAUCGUAGUGGCAGAGGCAGCGGAAGAAGAAGAAACACCCGUCUGCAGUUAUUGCAAGCAGCGUCAGCGUCGCUGCUGAGGCAGUUCAACAUCCUAUCCCCGACCCCGAAAAUUUAGAUCUGAAAAGAUGGCGACCAGUCGCACCAGUCGCAUACAACAAAAUAAGAAUAUUAAUUCAUUCUUUUCCAAAAUUCAAGGAGCAUUUUCUGAAGCAUGUACACAACAACGUCUAUCGACUGAUAAGAAAACGCUGGAGAAAACUUGGAAGUUAAUGGAUAAAGUUGUAAAGUUGUGUCAGCAACCGAAGAUGAAUUUAAAAAAUAGUCCACCAUUUAUACUGGACAUAUUGCCAGACACGUAUCAGCGAUUGCGUCUUAUAUACUCUAAGAAUGAAGAUCAAAUGCAUGUUUUACAUGCCAAUGAACACUUCAAUGUGUUCAUUAAUAAUUUGAUGCGCAAAUGCAAACAAGCCAUUAAAUUGUUUAAAGAAGGAAAGGAGAAAAUGUUUGACGAAAAUUCACACUAUAGGAGAAAUUUAACCAAACUUAGUUUAGUAUUCUCUCAUAUGUUAAGCGAAUUAAAGGCCAUUUUUCCUAAUGGAGUGUUUGCCGGCGAUCAAUUUAGAAUUACAAAAGCAGACGCUGCAGAAUUUUGGAAACUUAACUUUGGCAAUAGUACGCUGGUUCCUUGGAAAAUAUUUCGUAUGGAAUUAAAUAAAGUGCAUCCAAUUUCAUCUGGUCUAGAGGCAAUGGCGUUAAAAACAACCAUAGACUUAACAUGUAACGAUUACAUUUCAAAUUUUGAAUUUGAUGUUUUUACACGUCUGUUUCAACCGUGGGUGACACUCUUACGUAACUGGCAAAUACUAGCAGUCACACACCCCGGAUAUGUUGCCUUUUUAACAUAUGAUGAAGUUAAAGCUCGCUUGCAGCGUUACAUCCAUAAAGCAGGAAGUUAUGUUUUCAGAUUAUCAUGUACGAGGCUUGGACAAUGGGCGAUCGGUUAUGUGACCGCUGAUGGCGAAAUUUUGCAGACUAUACCACAAAACAAAUCUCUCUGUCAAGCGCUAUUGGACGGGCAUAGGGAGGGCUUUUACUUGUAUCCUGAUGGCCAAGCCUGCAAUCCUGACUUAUCCUCAGCUGUGCAGAGUCCUACGGAGGAUCACAUUACAGUUACCCAAGAACAAUAUGAACUAUACUGUGAAAUGGGUAGCACAUUUCAACUGUGUAAAAUUUGCGCUGAAAAUGAUAAAGAUAUACGCAUUGAGCCAUGCGGACAUCUUUUGUGCACACCCUGCCUCACAUCUUGGCAAGUCGACUCAGAAGGACAGGGCUGUCCAUUUUGCAGAGCCGAAAUUAAAGGCACUGAACAAAUUGUGGUUGACGCUUUUGAUCCGCGUAAGCAGCAUAAUCGGAACUCGACAAAUGGCCGCCAUCAGAACACCGACGACGACGAUACAGAGGUAUAAAUAAUAAGUAGGAUAUCUUAGACUUUUUUUUAGAAGCGCUGCGCUUUGCAAAUAACCCAAUAAAAUCGUAAAACAAAAGCCAAGCAUAAUAUUAAGCAAUCAAUCAAUACCCAAAUUAUAUACCACUGCCAAACACUUGUACGCUGUAAGCGAGUUACGCUUUGGUGAUUUCUUCCACACACUAAUUCCGGCUUUCCAUGUCAUUCGCUCGGCAGUAGUCCCCAGUUAUGGCACAUUAAUGAUAAUAUAUUGUGCAGGAAAUAUAUUUUUAUUUCCAUAAUUUUUUGUUUUGUGUAUCGUUGGUAAUAGCUAUUAUUGUUAACAAGUUUUGAAUGUGAUCGAAAAAAUAAAAAUGUAUUCAGAAGAUUUAAAAUUAGAAAAUGGUAAAAAAUUGCUUGUUGAACAUAUAUUCUCGAAAUACUAGUAAUGUUGAUUGGUUGUUUAGUAUUCUUGUUAAUAGUUGCCCUGAGUGGGAGCAUAGUUUUGAUUGAUGCUAUGAAAUACGCAGACGUUUUCACAAACCUUUCUGUAAAUAGUUGCUGUAUUAUCUAUUUAUUAUGCAUAUUUAUAAUGUAGGCCUAUUGCCUAUAAAACUUCCCAUAUUAUAUUUAUUAUUGUUUCGAUAGUACAUUAAUUAUGUUUACGUGUUAAUUUUACUUUUAAUAUAUAAUUUUUAGUUACAUAUAAUCAUUUUUAUUUAUACAUACAUAUGUGGCUAGUACAUUCAUAUACAUUCAUAAUCCAGCUGAAUUGUAUAAAAAUGCAGCCAACAACAUAAAAAAGUAAUAUUUGAAACAACAGUUGUGGUUCAAAGGUGUAAUUUUGAUAAGACUUAGCUUACAGUUUUAUACUUUUCUACGUCUCUAUAAAAAAAUUAUGAAAUAUAUGAAUAUAAUUCCCAAAGCCUUCCAAAAUUCCGUUUCUCGAAUAUUUGAGCAUCGAGAUUUAGCGGUGUUAUGAACAGCAAAGAUGCAAUGGUUUCUUACGCCAGUGUACAUACGUAGGUGUCUUUUGUGUCAAUACAAUUUCAAUACCGAAUCGAUACUUGGACCACACCUUUUAUAACACAUUGUACGGACACUUUGCAACUUUGAUGAAGUUUUGGGAAUAUAUUUAUGAAUUGGACCUCUAAUAUUUAGAGCUAAUAAUACCUUAAGUCGGCCGACUACAGACGGACAUGUUCAUACAUUCGUCCACCAACUAGUUCCAACAUGGCUUGCGAACAACAUUUGUAUUUUUUAUUUUAUUAUUAGAAAAAAAAUCACUUAUAAAUUCCAGCAGAAAUGGCUUAGAC